AUUUGCCACGCCACCUUCAGAACCGUCACCAAGCAGCGCGGGCGCGGUGUGGUUUUUCACUGGAUUUGAGUUAUUUCCGACAGCCAGUCUUGCCUCUGGCAAGGACUCGUCGCUAUUGAGCUGGAUAUGGUGACAUUAACGUAAAGAUGGAUUUAGUUUUCAGUCUCUCGUGGCUUCUUACGGUGUUUCUGGAGGGCAUUCAUUGCCAAGGAGUAUAUGCGCCUCCGACUGUCCGCAUCGUGCACUCAGGCCACGCUUGCAAUGUGGAGGAGGAGCGCUACACCGAGCGGGUCUAUACUAUCCGGGAGGCAGAGACUCUGGAGCUCUCCUGCCUGGUCACAGGCCACCCACGGCCCCAGAUACGAUGGACUAAGACAGCGGGCAGCGCAUCGGACCGUUUCCAGGACUCCACCGUGUUCAACGAGACGCUGCGCAUCACUAAUAUCCAACGCCACCAGGGGGGGCGCUACUACUGCAAGGCGGAGAAUGGCCUGGGCUCGCCGGCUAUUAAGUCCAUACGUGUGGAUGUCUACUACUUGGAUGACCCUAUCGUGACGGUGCACCAAAGCAUCGGCGAAGCCAAGGAGCAGUUCUAUUACGAGAGGACCGUGUUCCUGCGUUGCAUGGCUAACUCCAACCCUCCAGUCCGCUACAGCUGGAGACGGGGCCGGGAGGUCCUCUCCCAGGGCUCCGACAAGGGCGUGGAGAUCUACGAGCCGUUCUUCACCCAGGGGGAGACCAAGAUCUUAAAGCUGAAGAACCUUCGACCUCAGGACUAUGCCAACUACAGCUGUAUUGCCUCAGUCCGGAGCGUAUGUGGAAUCUCAGACAAGAAUGUCCUCUUCAGACUUACCAACAGAACAGCAUCGCCCACCAUCAAACUCCAGGUGGAGGACCCCAUCGUGGUGAACCCUGGGCAGACGGUGACUCUGGUGUGCGCCACGGUUGGUGGGGAGCCAACGCCGACCCUAACCUGGGUGUCCAAUGCCGAGACCUUGCCGGAGAAGGCCAUCCUCAACGCGGGCACCCUCACCCUGCCAGCUGUCGUCUCGGAGGACGCAGGCAUCUACAGUUGCAUCGCCAACAACAACGUCGGCAACCCCGCCAAGAAGUCAGCCACCGUCAUUGUCAGAGUCCCUCCUCUGUUUUUCUCUUUCUUAGUUCCCCCGAACCUGACGGUCCCACGAGGGAAGUCCCCUCUGGUGACCCAGGAGGGCGAUACGGUGGAGCUUCAGUGCCUUGUUUCAGGGAAGCCCAAGCCCAUCAUCUUGUGGUCCCGGGCGGACAAGGAGGCGCCCAUGCCGGACGGGAGCAUGCAGACGGAGAGCUACGACGGGAUCCUGCGCAUCGUCAACGUCUCCCGUGAGAUGACCGGGUCAUACCGCUGCCAGACCAGCCAGUACAACGGCUUCAACGUCAAGCCCCGCGAAGCCGUGGUGGAGCUCAUAGUGCAGUAUCCGCCCACGGUGGAGCCAGCGUUCACUGAAAUCCGCCAAGGGCUGAUGCGCUCCUUCGCCAUGAGCUGCCGGGUUUUGCGGGCCCAUCCUUCGCGGGUCCUCAAGUACGAGUGGAAGUUGGGUUCAAGGCCGCUCAACGCUGGCCAGUUUGACCUGCAGGACGAGACAGAGUUCAACAUACGGAGCCUGAGCCGGGAGGGUUAUGGCGAGUACACUUGUGACAUCAUCAACGAGGCGGGAGCCGGGCGCUGCACCUUCCUGGUCACAGGCAAAGCUUAUCCUCCGGAGUUCUUCUACGACACCUACAGUCCGCUGUGGCAGAACCGACCUCGCGUCUACGGCUACAAGCUGCAGUGGACCCAGAUGAACCCCGGAGCGGUGGACCGCAUCGUGGCCUACCGCCUCGGCAUUCGGCAGACGGGGCAGCAGAGGUGGUGGGAGCAGGAGAUACCUGUGGAGGGAACGAUCCAGACGGGGGAGCUCAUCACCUACAAUCUGACUGAGCUCAUCAGGCCGGAGGCGUACGAGGUGCGCCUCACCCCCAUCACACGAUUCGGGGAGGGUGACUCUGCCGUCCGGAUGAUCAAGUACAGCACACCAAUCAAUCCACAUCUGAGAGAGUUUCACUGCAGUUUCGAGGAGGAGCCCAUCUGCAUGUUCACGCAGGAGAAGACCGAUGACUUCGACUGGACCCGACACAGCGCCGCAACCCGCGACACCAAGUACACCCCCAACACCGGGCCCAGCAGCGACCGGAGCGGCUCAAAGCAGGGCUACUACAUGUAUAUCGAGACUUCCAGACCCCGUGUGGAGGGGGACCAGGCACGACUGCUGACCCCCAUUUUCAAUGUGGCCCCCAAAAGUCUGCAUGGCCCGGCGGGCCACGCCUACUGCUUCAACUUCUACUACCAUAUGUACGGCAAGCACAUUGGCACGUUGAACACAUUUUUACGACAGAAAGGCCAGACAUCUUCUGAGAGCCCGGUAUGGUCACUUAGUGGUAAUCAAGGAGACCGCUGGCGGCAGGCCAAAGUUGGCAUCCACCCAACAACCUCCUUCCAGAUGGUGUUUGAAGGUAUCCGUGGCCCAGGGAUUGAGGGGGAUAUAGCCAUUGAUGAUGUCACCCUUGAGGAGGGGGAAUGCAGAGACCCUCCACCAAAUAAUCUGAGGUCACUGGCUCCCCCCACAGCGGACCAUAUAUGGCGGCUAUGCGUCACCCUGCUUCUGGCCCUCUUCAGCCAGCGGAGGUGACCUCCCAUCUGCAGGGGCAACGGAACGGUCAACCAGGCACCAGGAGCAAGGGGUGGCGGGGCGAGCUCGAACCUUCAACGUGUAACUACCAAAGAUUCCUGCUGAGAAAACACUGAGAAGGACACUGAAAAAAGUGGGGGAAGAUCUGCAUAUUUUUUAACUUUUGUUUUGCUUUGUGGAUACGAUCGGUUGGGGUACAGCAAGUUUGCCUCUUCAGCUGAAAAAGAAUGAAGAAUCUGGAGUUAUUUGAUCUCUCAAAGCACAAGGGUCUAUAUAUUUUUUUGCCUUUAUAUAUUGUGCUUUUCAAUUAUCGUUAGAAAGAUGUGGGGGGAAACUAGAUGAAACAGGAACCCUUUGCAAAACAGGGUACAGUUGAGAAUGGCAGCAAUUACAGUAGUGACCCCCCUAGCCCCCUCCUCCCCCCAGCUCUCACAUACAGUAUAUGCCCAAAGGCAUUAUUAUAAAGAAGUUAGCCGUUCUGCCAAUUAUUUCCCAAACCCGAGCUCAACCUUAUUUUCUAGUGCAUGGCCGCAUCGUUGCCCUUUCCCCAUGAUCAGUCGUACAGAGCACAUUGACAUUUCGUUUAAACUCCACAAGAAAGGAUAAAUAGCAAAACAUCUGCCCUUUUUCGUUCCGCACGAGCUGCCGCCCACCGUUUCGGCACCUGGCAUGCCUGGAUCGCUGUGGCGGUUUUCUGGAAGGCGGCCCGCAAGCCGCUGGAAGGUGCUUACUCCGAAUUGUGCGUUUGAACCCGCAGAGACCAGCCCAGCUGAAGAGCGGAAACACCUAUCUGCCAUAGAACCAAGUGCCUUCAGGUCAACACCAACUGUGAGCCAGAGUUAAUGCACAGCACACUGGGCAUUACCGCCUGUGGACUGUUUCCUACCCAGUUUGUUGCCCAUGGCGGUUGCUGGUUAAAGGCAAGCAUCUACAGUACUACCAGAUGUGAUGCUUAACAAUAAGAACAGUGCCAAACACUGUCUGUGAACAGUGGCAUGAACAACAUUUAAAAAAACUGAAAAAUAAAUCAAAGUGCUGCCCUGUUUUUUUUCCUGCUUUGGGCUAAUCACUAUCCUGGGGAAACAUGGAGGCUUAUGGGAAAGAAAGCGAGUAAGCUCCCCCUAGGAGAAGGGGGAGUAAAAAACAGCAGUUCGGUGAUCAGACACUGAGGGAGAAGGGGAAAAUUUAAAGUCCUCUUGUAUUCAGUCGAUCCUGCACCUGAAUUUAGAAGUAACCUCCACCCCAACUCCGGUGAACCUUGGAUGUGCGAAUACGAUGAAUAGAUAAAUGAAUUACUUUUAUAAUUAUUGAACAAGUUCACAAUGACAGCAACGUCUUGCCACACUGAACAUAAGUCUUUUCACAGACAUAAAAGAUUACCUAAAAUGACUGCAUACUGGAUUAAAUGAUACAAAAAAAAUGAUUUUAUUAUUUUGGCAAGAGCUUUUACAUGAACUUUACAUAAACUUUGGAACUACCUGAGACAAUUUGUAUCCUUAACCAUCCGUUUUUGAAAUUAAUGUAAAAAAGAAGAAAAGAAGAAAUCUUGACAUCAUCGGGUUUUGAACGUUUUAAGACAUUUCUUUGUAUGUAAAUGAUCUCACCUUGGACUUUUCAUUUCUUUCAAGAAUACAUACUUUUUUAUUCCCUUGCAUUGUGAAGAUAUUAAAACAAGCUGAAAAAUGUAUGCAAUUCAAUUUGGUUGAUUACUUUAAAAAAUGUUCCGUUAGAUAACAUCUUCAUACAAAAAGCACAAGUCAAAAAAACAUGAAACAAAAAGAUAAUAUAUUGUUACCUACUAAAAUAUCAAUGAAGAAAUUUAAAUUAUAUAAAACAAAUAAAAUACAGAGGCUUUGUUUUUGCUUUAUUCUGUAGGUUUAUUUCAACAUUUUUUAAAGUGACAUCCUUGCAACUUAUGACAAAAUAAAUAAAGAAAACAUAUUUUACAGCUGUGUAAAGAUCUUUAUCAGGUAUUUGUGUGAUUUAUAGCAUAUUUGUUUAUGUAUCAGUUGAGGGAGCAUCUUACAGUUUUGUCUUUGAUUGCUGUCGUCUUUUGUGAUUUGAUAUCCUUGUGUUUUAUCAUUUAUUUAGCCUUGGUUAAACCAGGCAUUAACAUUUCUCUGGUGAAUACUUGUCUCAGACUGAAAUGAAUGGAGAAAAAAAGUGAAUGGAGAAACUCAUCUUUCAUGUUGUGCAAAUUUCUUUUUGGAGAUGUCAUUUCUGAAGUUGUUUUUUAUGAAGUUGUGCCAUGAUUGCUGUCAAUUUGCUUUGCUGACACUUUUAUCCGGAAUAAAUUACAUAGCUGACA